AUGGAAAAAAACAUAAAUAAAUUGAACAACGAAGAUGAGGCGGACAAGAAUAGUCGUCGCCGGAACGACUCUGCGGAGGCCGCAAGUGACGUCGCUGGCGGCAGUUCGUGCAUCGGCCUCUACGAGGCUGCUGCUCCGAUCAUCAACCGCAACACCUACCAGAUUUUAUUGACAGGGCAGGUGGCCAACAACGCCAUCGCAGAGCUGCAGCGGAUAGAGGGGGAGCUUGCGCGGAUCAAGGAAAGCGACCAGGCUGACAAAGUCGCUGGCGAAGCGACGCAGAUCGUCACUCGGCUUGAGACGCUCGGCAAAGAGCUCAAGAUCACAGUGAUCGAAGAUGAAGGCCAGCAGAUCGAGCUGCCCGAGAACGAGGACGAGAAGAAGCUCUUCACCAAGCUCAAGGCAGAAGGCCUCUAUCUUUGCGGUGAUGCUCUCCUCUGCCUGGGGCGGCAUCAGGAAGCGCUGAGCUAUCUUGACCGAGUCAUUGAAAUGCGGCCCAACCACAUCGACGCCCUCCUCGCGCGCGGCGAGGUGUACAUGGACCUCGGGGACGACAAGAGUGCCAUGAGGGACUUCAACGAGGUGCGAUUCUGGGACCCCAACAACCCGGAUGCUCUGUUCUACGCUGCCUCGCUGCUCCGCAAGACGAUGAAAAAGAUCGCGGGAGACAAGCAGGAUCUCGACAACUACUUCCCUCCCGCGACCCCUGGUGGUGGUGACGAAGCCACCCAGAGCUCACAGCCCGAGCACAAAGAGCAGGACAGUGACCUCGCCACCAAAUAA